AUGGCCGACGAUCCUGUGAAGCCGACAGGGAAGGGCUGUGGACCUUGCAGAGGCGCGCGCUCUUGGCAUUCAUCUUCUCAAGGGGCCAUGUCACUAACUCAUCCCAGAACGCAAGUUAUUCUGCGACCGCACCCGGCCGACUUGCCUGCGCUGCGAGAGAUCGAACCGGCGCUGCGACGGGUACAGCCUGCGGCUCUCAUGGCCUCGCCGCAGCGACCGAAAGCGCACCAUAGUCGCGCCAGCGGUCCAAGGAGCCAAGCACCUAGUUCAUACGUCCCACGUCCAACUCAUCAAUUGUUGUGGUUCCCCGAGGAAGCUGUCCGGCGGGUUCCGACUUCCUCCUUUGCCUUAGCUCGGCCGGUCAGAUGGAUGCCCUUUGCCCUGAACACAGAUGAGCAAAGUCUUGUCUAUUACUUCGAGUCGGUAGCUUCGGCUUGUCUCAUGGUCUAUGGCGAAGACAGCUCAGCCCUUCUAAGCACAUUGAUACGGAUGACCCUGUCAGGCGGCUCCCGUUCCACAGUCUGUCUCAUGCAGUCCAUGCUCGCUGUCUCGUCGCUGUAUCUGCACGGGCUUCAGGCCCAGUCAAUCAAGUAUCAUACUGCCGCCCUGCAGGCGAUGCGAGAAACAGCCGACAUCGGGCUCACCGGCGUGGAGCCGUGUGAGCACGUCGCGGCAGCCAUGCUGUUAGGCUCUUACGAGGCGCGCAUCCUUACUCAGUCCUAUGCGCAGUGGGCACCGUAUAUAUGUGCCGCGAGGGACGUGGCGGAGAAAUCGUCUUCAAACAAUGUCUUACGAGACGACGGAGACUUCAUGAUUAUCCUUGGCUGGUUACAUUACCAUUAUGUUCUCGGUAAUUUCACGAUUCUCCACUGGCCGCGUGGAAUCUCUCCGGGGGAAUGGGUUGAGAGAUACGAUGGGACCGGCGCUGUUCCGCUGGACAAUCCCCUCGCCGACCAUGUAGCGCUCGUAUAUCCCGCGGGACCAUCGCACAAGCUGCUACAAUACCUUGUACGAGCACUGGCGAACCUACGAAGCCCGUCUGAUCCAGGCUUCUUUACAGAUGCCUACCAAGACUAUCUGAAAAUGCUCCAACGGGGUAUCAAGGAGAUUGACCCGGUGGAACCGGAUGAGGAAUUUUCACUUGCCUCAUCGGAGAGCACCGCACUCACCAGAAUAUACCAGCUAGCGGCCUUGGUAUAUAUCGAAUGCUGCGCGAGUAACAUCACCGUCGAAUCCUCCGAGGUGAGCGAGAUGGUUGACGAAGGCUUCCAUCUGAUGGAGCAGCUUGGGAUGUGCAACUGGCCAUUCCCCCUUCUGAUAUUUGGCUGCGAGGCGAGAUCCGAUGCGCGCAGAUUGCAACUCCUCAAUCUAGUCUCCAGCGCUAAGCGCAAAAAGAGUGGGCGAAAUCUCCGUCAAGUUAUGUCCAUGGUCGAAUUUGCUUGGAAACAAGAGGAUCUCGGGACCAAGUUCAUCAGCUACGUGACUCGCAUGCAGCUCCUGUUUGCUACUUGCGGGACUGUACCAAUAUUCCUAUGA